CUGCCAGAUUUGUCGGCCAUGGCUCCGAAUAAGAAGCAGAGCACUCCUAAGGGUGGCAAGAAGAAAAAGCAAAUCCUGAAGUUUACACUGGACUGCACCCACCCUGUAGAGGAUGGCAUCAUGGACGCUGCCAACUUUGAGCAGUUCCUGCAGGAGCGCAUCAAAGUGAAUGGGAAAGCUGGAAACCUAGGUGGUGGUGUUGUUACCAUCGAGAGGAGCAAGAGCAAAAUCACAGUGACCUCAGAGGUCCCCUUCUCCAAAAGGUACCUGAAGUAUCUCACCAAAAAGUACCUGAAGAAGAACAACCUGCGAGACUGGCUGCGCGUCGUGGCCAACACCAAAGAAAGCUACGAGCUGCGCUACUUCCAGAUCAACCAGGAUGAGGAGGAGGAAGAGGAUGAAGAUUAAAUCCAUCCCACUCUUGUACAUUCAAUAAAUUUUCAAAAGAAAUCA